AUGUCGGAGGGGUUGCUGGAGGACCGCUUGCGCCAGGCCGGGACCUUCCAAGGCCUUCUGAGCCUGGUACCCGCCAAGGUGUACUACGGGGAAGAUAAUACAGACCAGUGGAUGCGAAAGAAGCAGACCAAAGCAGAGGCCAGGGUUGCACGGAUGAACAAGCUUGAUCCCAAUAGCGAACAAAAUCGCACCGCUAUGGAGGGGAUGGAUGAACGGGCAAAGAAUAAACGAAAGCUACGAGAACUGGAGCAAAAGGAUAACGACGACGAGGAAGAAGAUGAUUUCGAACCAUUCGAAGGUGUCGAGGCUGAGCGACCUGGCGAGGGUCUGAAGAAAAAGACGUCCGAAAACAACAAGAAGCAGAAGGUCGACGAAGAGGCCCCGGAAGAGGCUCCGGAAGCUGAAGCUGAAGAUUUAGAGGAGGCAGAUGCUUCACUUGGAAAGAAGUUAUCUAAGAAACAGGAGAAGAAGGAGAAGCGCAAGCAGAAGAAAGCCGAGAAGAAGGCUCACGAGGAAGCCAAUGAGUCCAUGUCAGUUGCACCAGCCGAGACUUCUAACAGCCAGACGAGCAAUGCUGUACCCAAAUCAAAGGGAAAGAAAUUAAAGCAGCAACAGGCAGAAGAAGACGAAACCAAAGUCGACAGCGACGAAGAAAUGGGGGACUUCGAAACGGAAGUAGCCGACUUCUCAGGCCUGCAAGACGACGCCAGCGAAAGCGCUCCAUCCGAGAGACAGGAUAAAUCUCCCCUCUUCGAUUCCAAUGGCCCCAAUGGUGCCUCCACAGAACCAGCCAGCACAUCCACCUCUUUAUCGUCAGCAAUCCCUCCUUCAGAAAAACCAAAACACAUCAAGAUUCCCAGCGACACUUCUGCACUGAGAGCCAGGCUAGCAGCAAAGAUUGAGGCCCUGCGCGCCGCCCGCAAGGCCGAUGGUCCCGACGGAAAGCCUAUCCGCACUCGCCAGGAGCUCAUCGAGUCUCGGAGAGCGAAGGAAGCACAGCGCAAGGCCCACAAGAAGGAACUGAGACUGAAGGCCAAGGCCGAGGAAGAGCUGAAACGUGAGCAAGCCCUGGCAUCGAAUUCGCCCAGUGUCAUGAGCCCUUCUGUGGAACUCGACGAGGCUACUGGUAACUUCGCAUUUGGCCGCAUGGCCUUUGGCGACGGCACACAGCUUUCCCACGACCUCAGUUACGUCCUUACCAACGGCAAAAGAAAAGGACCCUCAGACCCCAAAACAGCCCUCCUCAAGGUGCAGAACCAGAAGAAGCGUCUACAGGAACUCGAUGCCGAGAAGCAGAAAGACAUUGCAGAAAAGGAAGCCUGGCUGACUGCUCGUCGCCGCGUUGAGGGAGAGAAGAUCCGGGAUGAUGAGGCCAUUCUGAAGAAGGCAGUCAAGCGCAAGGAGACGGCUAAGAAAAAGAGCGAAAAGGCAUGGAAGGAGCGUGCUUAUGGGGUCCAGCAAGCGCAAAAGGAGCGCCAGAAGAAGAGGGAGGAUAAUAUCAGAAAACGUCGGGAGGAUAAGUUGCUUGGCAAGGCUGGGAAGAAGAAGAAGGCUGGCGCGGGCGCCAAGAAGAAGAGCAGGCCUGGUUUCGAGGGUAGUAUAGGUGUCGGACGCAAGUAA